GACACAGCCUGCUCACACGCUCACAGACAGAACACUCAUGCACGUUCAGUGAAGCGGGAAUACCAACUCGGUAAUUCUGUGUUGUGCUACUUCUCUCAUUCUGGCGGCAGUUACAAAGUGUGCGUCUAACCAUACACUUCCACGGUGACUAAGUGUACUCCUAUACCGAAUUCAUAAACAUCCACAUGUACUUCUGCUGCAAACAAUUCUCGUAUACUUAGACAUGACAUCAGAUUCUUGAUCCUGGUCUGUUCUGUGCCCCCUAGCAGCCCACAGUACAGAUGUGGUCCUCACGCCGGCGCAGCAGUGCAGGGGCGCCUCUCGUGAGCCUCCUGGUAGUGGUUCUCUUCGGUCACGUCACUCUGGCUAUUCUCCUGCCGUGGGAUAGCAGACCGACCAAGGUGAAGCAGAAGACAGACCUUAAGCCCCCGGCACCCCCGCUCGUAACCAGCAUUCGACCUCCUGUCAUAGUCUACAGCAGGCCAGGAGCGAGGCAUUCCAGUGGCAGACUAGCACGGGGUCGCAAUGUGAAAGUCGUCACGGUAAAAACCACCAGAGGGCGAGGAAGGAGCAGAGAGCAGUCACGCAAUACCUUCGUGGACCCGCAGACUGUAUAUACGCCCCAGGUUGUCCCGCAGCACCCGGUUGUUGGUCCACUGUGCCCAGAACCCAACGGCCUCUUCCCUUACCCCCACGACUGCGCCAAGUACGUGACUUGCAGCUGGGGGAGGGGUGUGGUGAUGAGCUGUGGGGUCGGCACUCUCUUCAGUCCUGACAGCGGCCGCUGUGACUGGCCUAGCUCCGUUACCUGUUACUCUCCUCCCGCAUCCGCUUCAAGACCGCAGUUCAUUCCACCAGGCCAGGGCACACCGCCAGGACACAGAAGAGACCCACCAGGCCGUGGUGGAUCCCGAGGCAACAACAGUGCUUGGGGACGCAACGCCAAGGUCGGGGGAAGUGUCGAUAUUACUGGGGGACGCGGGAGUCCCCCAGGACACAGAAUUAGCUCCCAAAGUCAAGGCGGUAGCCCUCCAGAACAAGGUGGCAGUCCCCCAGGACAAGGUGGCAGCCCUCCAGGACAAGGUGGCAGGCCCCCAGGACAAGGUGGCAGCCCUCCAGGACAAGGUGGCAGCCCCCCAGGGCAAGAUGGCAGCCCUCCAGGACAAGGUGGCAACCCCCCGGGUAAAGGAAGAGGACUGAUAACUUCCGUGGCUGGAGCAGGAAAGGAGUUAGUGAGAUCCAAGUGGAGAUCAGUUGUCAGCCGGGUGAGCAGUGUGGUGAACGGCGUCGGUGCUGUUCUUAAACAGACCUACAGGAAGAUCAAGACCAAGGGAAAGAAAUUCUCUAAGAAGGUUGGACUCUCAGACUUGUCCGGCCUGUGUCUGCGAUCCGACGGACUCUUUCCCUACCCAAAGGAAUGCUCCAAGUUCGUGAAUUGCGCUCGAUGGCGGCCGCACCUGAUAGACUGCCCCGCCGGUACCUUGUUUCACGCCGCCAAGGGAAUAUGUGACUUCGCCGCCAAGACAGUCUGCGCCAAGACCAGGAGAUCCUUCCGAGAUGAAGACAGUGAGGGCGUGACGUACGUGAUUCCUCCUCCAUCCGGACAGAAAAUUCGUUUGAGAGGAACUAAUAUGCCCUGGGCUGGUUACGUGCAGGUGAGCGACGGGCCGGGCAGGUGGGAUCUGGUGGCGGACGAGGAGCAGGGCUGGACGCAGGAAGAGGCCUCAGUGGUGUGUAGGAGUCUUGGCUUUACCAGGGGCGCGGAGACAGCCUCACAGGGGGCAGUGUUCGGACUGCUCCCGGGACAAAACGCGGCGGUGAAGGCGGUACAGUGCGAGGGACACGAGGAGAGCUUACCGGAGUGCCAGCUGACAUUAGGUGCCAGGGAAGACUUAGAGAGGACUGUUGUAGGCGUGCAGUGCGUGAGAAAUUGGAUAUCAGAAUGCGAGGAGGGCGGUGUGAGCUGGGGGGACAAGUGUUAUUACAUGGACACCUCCUCCACGCCCACCACCCACGCCCUUGCCCGCGACACUUGUACCUCGAAGGGCGCCAGACUCCUUUCCGUCACUUCCCAGGCUGAGAGUGACUUUGUGUCCGACAUGUUGUCCUCGAUGGCUGGGGACACGCCGGGCUUCCACACCGGCGCCGUAAGGACCCAAGUGUUCGACCAGGUUGUCUGGCUGUGGCAGAACACCGACACGCCGCCCUCCUCCACGCUGCCUUUCGCUAAGUGGUGGCCAGGGUGGAACGUGACUGAAGAAAAUGAGGAGGAGAGCAGGGCGGCGGGAGUCACUGGUAAUGUGGUGAUGGUGGAAGAAACAGAGGGACAUAAGUGUGUGGUCCUUAAAGAAAACUUCCCCAUAAAUCCAGGGGAGGCAGCAGAGGGAGACGCACCUGCCGAGUAUUUCUUCUGGCAGCUGACUGACUGCAACGAGAAGCUCCACUUUGUGUGCGAGACUGAUAAGCUGGACGUAGGCUGCGUGGUGGAGCGGGGCGUCAACUACACAGGGCCUGCCAGAGUGACAGUCAAGGGCGAGAAGUGUCAGGCUUGGAACCACCCAAGCCUGCAGCAGAAAGUGAGGGACCUGUCGCCGCACAUUCCCUUGGUGGAAAACUACUGCGCCAACCCAGACGGCGAUGACUUACCCUGGUGCUUCUCUUCCAAGGGUAUUGCCAGUUCGUGCGACAUCCCCAGGUGUGAGAGGCAGAUGAUAGUGGAAGAGGAGUGUGGACCAGACAAUUUCCGCUGCUCCUCUGGGGAAUGUGUGAACGGGGUGUGGUACUGUGAUGGCCAUGAGGAUUGUGAGGACGGGAGUGACGAGAGGGAGUGUCGUGACUACAGUGACGGUUUCAGCAAGGCAGUGAACCAGCGAAUGAAGGGACACGAGGUGGAAAAAUGGCUCAACACAAUCAAGACAACUUGUGCUGCCCGAUGUGUGCAGGCCAAGAACUUUGUCUGCAUGGCCUUCAACUACCACCAGUCCUCAAUGACGUGUGUUCUGAGUGACAGCACGGUGGGUCGGGCAGGUGGGCUGGUGGAGGAGGCUGGCUGGGAGUACUACGAAAUGAAGACCUACGCCAUGAACUGUGACUCUAGCUUCGUCUGCACCGAUGGACAGUGCCUCAACUCCUCCCAGCAAUGUGACGGGAGGAAGGACUGCAAGGAAGGGGAAGACGAGGACGGCUGCCAGAGCGAGAUCAACUUUGAGGUCCGCCUCGUCAACGGCUCGUCUCCCAAUGAGGGUCGCGUCGAGGUCAGAGCCUUCGGUCAGUGGGGCGCCGUGUGUGACGAUAUGUGGAGUUUGCUGGAAGGAGACGUGGUGUGUCAGUCCUUAGGCUUCCCCCGCGGCGCCAAAGAGGUGUUCAUAAAUUCGCACUUUGGCUCCAGCGGUCUGCACUACCUGAUGGAUGACCUCAACUGUAAGGGCGUGGAGUCGUCGCUGGCUGAGUGUGAUUUUGCUGGCUGGGGAGAGCACGACUGCGUUACUUCCGAGGAGGCGGCAGGAGUGAGGUGCUUCACGAACAAGGACGAGUGCAAGCAACAACAGUGGCAGUGCGGGAACGGCAGGUGUGUGGAGAUCACUUACCUGUGCGACACUGUGGAUGACUGCCGCGAUUACUCCGACGAGAAUAGAACUAUGUGCGAGUCACCGAUUAAUGUUCGGUUGGUGGGGGACGAGGACCCAGGGCGCGGUGUCUUCAAUAACCUGAUAGAGGACGAGGACAGGACCGAGUUUUCAGGGCGCGUGGAAGUCCAGUACAAGGGAAUGUGGGGUUCGGUGUGCGACGACGACUUCGGCCUGGAGGAGGGACACGUGUUGUGCCGCAUGAUGGGCUGGUCACGCGCCACACACGUCUACAAGAACAACACAUACGGCCCGGGCUCAGGCUUGAUCUGGCUGGACGACCUUCGCUGCCUGGGCUACGAGUCAUCGGUGGAGGACUGCCAACACAUGCCCUGGGGGGAGAACAACUGCGAGCACACAGAGGACGUGGGUCUACGCUGCGUGAGGGGCGACGGCACUGGUUCCACGCCCGCGUCAGUUUCUAUCUCAGGUGAAGUGUCGCCGGGCACAACACUUCCCUCCCCGCUGCCAGCCACAUGUGGGCGGCGCCAGGUGGAGGACAGGCCCGGUGCGCCCAUCUUGGAGAGGCCCAAGAUCGUGGACGGCCACACGCCCCCGCCCGGUGCUCACCCCUGGAUGGUGGCGAUCCUCGUUCACACCAGGACGGGGCCGAAGCAGAACUGUGGAGGCGCCGUGCUGAGUGAAGACCUGGUGAUCACUGCUGCCCACUGUGUCAGCAAGUACCCGCCCAUCACAUAUCUCCUGCGUAUUGGUGACUUCAACGUAGAGGAGGAGGAAGAGGGCCAGCAAGAGUUCCGCAUCUCCUCCAUCGCACUCCACCCUCAGUUCGACAAGGGGCCUUACCUCAACAACGACGUGGCUCUACUGAGGGUGCAAAGGAAGAACGGCAAAGGAAUACAGUUUGGUAAGAACGUGCAGCCGUUGUGCCUCGUGCCCUCCCGCUGGAACUACCCGCCUUACCUGAACUGCACGGUGGCCGGCUGGGGCAGUCUGGGAGUCUCUCUUGGGUACUCGAAGGUCCUACAAUCGGCGCUGCUGCCCAUCCUGCCCCGGUCCACGUGCCAGGCAGACUACGUGUACGGACCGGUGAGGCUGACGCAGGGCAUGUACUGCGCCGGCUACCUGGAGGGGGGCGUGGAUACCUGUCAGGGGGACUCCGGGGGGCCCAUGGUCUGCCUCGUCGAAGGUCGUCACACCAUCGUGGGCAUUACCAGCUGGGGCCAUGGGUGCGCCAGACCCAACAAACCCGGAGUGUACACCAAAUUGACCCAUUAUCUCUCGUGGCUCUACUCCAGUCUGGGAUGAUACUUUCGUCUCACAGGCCUUUUCCGUCUCCCUUUUCUUGUGUAUUCUUCCAUUUCUCGUAUUCGUGGAGUUGUUCAAUUAAUAAAUGUGACACAAUAC